AAGUACCCCCAAAGUAGCUGCCUUCCAUUGUCAGAUAUUAACAAAGAGUCUUACAUUUUUAUCUGUAGGGAGGUGUUACAACUGAGAAUCCCACAUGGCUGGCAGUCUGCAAAGCAGUAAGCCAUUAAAUUGCUUCUUUUUUUAUCCACUGUCCAAUAGAACCGGGCCUUAUUUACCAGUGUUUUCCCCAAUGCAAGAGAUCUUGGCUAUAAAAGUGCAUCCACACUGAUUUGAUCUUCAUUUGAAGGCCGCACCACCAUGUGAAUGCUUUGAACUCCAAAAGAGCCACCAAACAUGUCCUCAGGAAAUGUCACAGUCAUGGCAAUAACAGAAUUUGUCAUCAGUGGAUUUGACACGGUUAGCAACCCUGUGACCAUUGGGAUAGUGAUGAUGGUCAUUUACGCCCUGGUCAUGGUCGCCAACAUGGCCAACAUCUGCUUCAUCGCGCUGGACAAGCGUCUGCACAAGCCGAUGUACCUGCUGGUCUGCAACCUGGCCAUCGUGGACAUGCUGUACAGCAGCAGCUGCGGCCCCACCAUGAUCGGGGUGCUGAUCGCGGGCGUGAAAACCAUCGCCUACAUCCCCUGCUUCGUUCAGAUGUUCGCCUUCCACCUGGGCGCGGUCAUGGAGAUGUUCGCCAUCGCCGGGAUGGCUUUCGACCGCCUGGUCGCCGUAUCCAGCCCCCUGCGGUACCACAGUAUUCUGACGAACGUGCGCACGCUCCUGCUGAUGUUCUCCCUCUGGGUGGUGGCCUGCGCCUUCGUGGCCAUCUUGCCCGGGACCGUGAUACCGCUCCCGUACUGCAAGACGACGUUGCCGUACGCCUUCUGUGACUACGCGGCCCUAGUCAGGGCCACCUGCGUCGACCCAAAUUACUACUUCUUCCUGGUCACGGUCAUAAUGUUCCUUGUGCAGUUUUCCACGUUCAGCUUCAUUUUCUUGUCUUACCUGAAGAUUGUGUUCGCCAUCUUUAAAAUGUCCUCCAAGACCGACAGGAAAAAGAUGUACAGCACGUGCUUCAGUCACUUGAUCGUGGUCGUGUGCUAUUAUGUUCCGAUGUUCGUACUCAUAGUUCUGACCAGGCUGGGAGUGCAACUGACAAAAGAGGAACGACACGGGUUACUGAUAGGGGCCAUUCUAGGCCCCUCUCUUAUCAAUCCCAUUGUGUAUUGUUUUCGAACCAAGGAAAUUAAAAACAAAAUCUUAAAAAUAUUUACAAAAGUUGAACCCAUUGAUUAAACAGCAGGGCAGACAUUUGGCUUUACUGUGUGUCUUUAUUAUUUACAUACACAUCAAGUAAAAGCAUGACUAUGACUUUGGCCUGUCUGGUCAUUUAUUAGGCCCCUGUGCUUUCUGUAAACUCUCACUAAUGAUGUCGCUGUUUUUCUUUUUGCACCUUGGUUUUUUGAGUUUACAUGUGUAUUCGUUUUUAUUUGUAGAGAAAGCCACACCUUCAUUGUGCUGAAAAUAAAAAAGGAUCAACACUUAUUUUCUUAACUGUAAUCAGUAACCACAACUGGAACGGUAACUGCUGAAAUAGACCCAUUACUGUCUAUAUGAGAAUACUCCAGAGAGCAGUGGUGUGAUUUCAAUACAGUCUCACAGGAAAGCAAAUAAAAUCAUGAGUGCGGUCAGCUAAGACUGUCAACACAAUAUCUCCAAAUAUAGAAUGUUUAUAUGCAAACUCCCCCCUCCCCUCUCCCUCAUGCCCCACCAUAAUUUUUACAAAACAGUGACAUUCCUUGUGUGGAUAUCCAGAAAAUGUGUCCAGAAGUCCUGCUUUUAAAAAGUGUAUGAAUACAGUAUUUGAAUCUCUCUAAAAUAGACACAGAUUUUGCGUGUGUGAAGCAACAAAACUGACUGAAUAA